CUGGACCUUUGCCAUGGAGGGGUCUGGCGAGCCACUGCUGGAUGCUAAAUCUCAGGUGACCAACCAGCUUAUAGAUCUUCAGUGGAAACUGGGUAUGGCUGUGAGCUCGGACACUUGUAGAUCUCUUAAGUAUUCUUACGUUGCAGUGAUGCUAAAAGUGGCAGACCUUUCGGGCCAAGUAAAGAACAAGUCCUUUGAAAUGACAAUCCCACAGUUUCAAAAUUUUUGCAGACAAUUCAAGGAAAUUGCUGCAGUUACUGAAACUGUGUGAAAACUGAUGUUUAAAUUGAUGUCAUCAUUCUAAAUUCAUGGACUUCACUUUCUGCAAUAAAACUUCAUGGGAUCAAGUGAUUUUUACUCAAUGAAAAUUACAUUUCUGUUUUUUCAUUUUUUUUUUCAGUAAA